AUGCGUCGGAACUCGGUGCGACCGAGUGGGAAUAACCUAGCCGGCCCCUCGCCCUCGCUGCCCUCUUGCAGUAGCCCCGAUGUACCCACACACCUUAGGGAGCCACCGCUGCAAAGUCUCGGUCUGCACCGGGCGGCCGGCGCAGGCGACGUAUCACUAGUCCUAUUUGCGCUCGAAAAUGGCCAACAAGUAAAUCAGACCAUACAUGGCAUUUCGCCGUUGCACGUGGCCGCUUGUAUGGGCUUCGUGCCUGUGAUCAAUGUACUACUAGCCUAUGGGGCCGACGUCAAUAUACUAAAAGGGAAAGACAAAGUGGCCGGACCUGGUGUGGAAGGCUCCACACCUCUACACUUUGCCGCUGCUAAUGGGCAUUUGCAUGCAGUGCGCGCACUUCUCCAACAUGGUGCUCGACCACAGCCUUUGGACCGCGAUAUGCAGACACCCGAGUCGCUGGCCUCACUCAAUCAGCACUUGCAAUGUACCACGCUGCUAAAGCAAUGGAUCCAAUUGUACGGAAAAGAAGGUCGUAUUGAUCCAGCAGCGACAAAGUCUGCAUUUCUUUGGAACGAUCAAAGUCUCCUCGAGCUCACGCGCGAAAGCGUCCAAAGUCGAUCCCCACAUUUGGAGACGGAUGUGCUACCGUCGCGCGAAUCGGCCAUGCCUGGGUCAUCGCAAAGCUCGCCUGUGCAUUACGAUUUCAAGCGGCGCACUAGUAUCCCUACUCUGAUCGAAAAAGCCUCCAAUCCGGCGAUCUCUAUCCGAAAUGCCUUAUUCCCUUCAUCGCCCUCGACACCUCGAUUGGAUGAACUAUCUCCAUCUUUUCGCAUUCCAAGAAUCAGCAGCAGGGCGAGUCUCACCAAUUUGUUUGGUCGUCGAGGCAACACACAAACUUUUGAUGAACAUGUGCAAAGCGAUGGUGAUCCGGGACAUGCGUCCUAUGCCUCGUCAUCACGGCUUGACUCAUUCUCCUCGCGGAAUCGCUCAUACCCAAAAAGCUCAACCAGUGCACCAACACCACCACCCUCCAUCCCAAUGCUCUCAUCCUUCGGUUCGCCCUCCAAUAAGCAACGUUAUCGAUUAGACCAGCCUGCGUCAGAUCAACACAGUCGGUCCCACUUUUCCAUGGCUCUUGCGUCAUCACACUUGCGUCGACUUCGAAGCAAUAGCGCAUCGACAUCAGCUCAGGAGGCUGAGCGCGUGUGUUACAACCGUGCCCGUGCGCAUUCCGAGGCUGCUGCGCAAGAGCCUAAGCGCGAAUCAUUGCCGGGUGCAUGGACAGAUCGGUCCUCGAUACGCUCGCGCGACGAUGACAGACAAAGCGAUAGCAGUCUGUGA